AUGGACAGUUACAGAUUCGGGACCGUUGACUACACGGUUUUCCUCGGAGUCACCAUAAUAUCCAUCGCAAUAGGAGUGUAUUUCGGGUUUAUAAAAAAGACCAAGAGGGAAUCAGAUGCUACGCCGCCUGAACGAUCCCAUCAGAUCUUGGGAUCGAAAAGGAUGGACGAGUAUCUGAUGGGAUCGCGCAGUCUAAAAGUGUUCCCCGUUGGAAUGAGUUUGAUUGCCAGCUGUCUAUCUGCCAUUGCAAUAAUAGGAACCCCUUCAGAGAUCUACAACUAUGGCACACAAUACAGUCUAGUUGUCGUAGCAAUUAUUCUCGAGGGCCUAAUCGUAUCCUACGUAUAUUUGCCCGUCUUCUCGGCUCUUCAAGUUAGCUCUUCGUACGAGUACUUGGGGAUGCGAUUUCAUUCGGUUAUAAGAAGCAUAGUUUCGAUCAUUUUUGUACUAGACGUGAUCUUAUACUUGCCUCUUCUGGUAUAUCUUCCGGCCCUAGCUCUGAACCAAGUUUCCGGACUAUCUCUCUAUCUAGUAGAAGUAUCCACCAUUGUUGUGUGUGUUACUUAUACUUUAUUGGGCGGUUUAAAAGCAGUGGUCCAUACGGAUAUCUGGCAGGUUGUGAUCAUGUUUGUAUCUGUGCUGGUUGUAACUAUUUUGGCCACUUGUUACAUCGACGAUGGAGCUGAGUUUUUUGAAGGCUUGAAGCAGGGAGGACGACUCGUAUUCCUUAAUAUUGAUGCCUCGCCAUAUGCUCGUCACACCGUUUGGAGUGUUAUAAUAGGAGGCACUUUCUUCUGGACCUCACUUAGCGCGGUUAACCAGACGGCGGUCCAUCGGUAUAUGUCCUUGCCUUCCCUAAAAAUGGCAAGAGCUGCCAUCGCCCUAAAGGUAACUGGAGCAGUCUUCUUCACUUCCCUUGUUUGCUUUUUGGGAUUGCUCAUCUUUAAUGCCUACAAGGACUGCGAUCCCUUGAGUGCUGGCUUAAUUAAGAACGACGAUCAACUGGUGCCCCUUUUCGUGGUAAACCACUUGGGCCACAUCUACGGAAUGCCCGGUCUAUUUAUUGCCGGUGUCUUUGGCGCCAGCUUGAGUUCCCUCUCCAUGUACUUGAACUCCACGUCGCUGGUGAUCCUUCAGGAUAUUGUCCGAGCUUGUUUCAAAAUGCAGCCAGGCGAACGGGCAUCCACGGUUUUGGUCAAGUCCAGCGUCGUUGUCCUGGGCAUCCUAGCAUUUGCCAUGGUAUUUCUUCUGGAGAAGGUGAGUGGGAUCCUGGCUGUCUCCGUUUCGUUGGCAGCCAUUGCGGCCAGCUCCACUUUCGGAAUCUUCACCCUGGGAAUGCUGGUUCCCUGGGCGAACACCAUAGGCGCAGCUGUGGGAGGCAUCACCUGCGUUCUUAUAACAGGAUGGAUAUCCUUUGGAUCCCAGGUUGCUGCGGCAUCGGGACAACUGAAUUCCCAAAGACUUCCGGUGUCCGUCGAGGGAUGCUUGGGAAAUGCGACCAUCUCUGAGAAGGAUUGGGUGGACGAGGAGGAUGUGUUUCCCCUGUACCGUCUUUCCUACCAUUGGAUAAACCCCAUUGGUGUGCUAACGGUGGUCAUCGUGGGUUCUCUGGUCUCCCUCGUGACCAAACCCACAGAUGUCAGGACUCUCGAUUCGAAUUUGAUAUCUCCUGUGAUCCAUAGAUUCCUUCCAAAAGAAUGCUUCAAGGUGCGAAGUCAUCACGAGGUGGAUGCAACCAACAUUUGUUAGAUUUUAGAACAAUUGGCUUAAGUUAUUGAAUAAUUGAAAUGACAAAGUAUUAUUAUAAUAUGAAAUAUUUUUAUAUUUUGAAAUAUAAAUCUCUUAGAAUUUA